CAGACUCCUCCGAGUAAGCGGUGCGGAGCGGCUCUCUGUCACGCGUGUCUCAGGGAUUAGAGCCAGGUUGCCGGGCCUGGCGGAGCUCCUCGGAGCCGAGCCGUCCUGCCAGCUCUGGCUGCUUUCUGUUUCUUUUUGUGGGUUGGUAAGGACGUUGGUUCAACGUCAGGCAGGCACCGCCUCCUGCUUUCAUGCUGGUCCUUCCAUUUGUUUCUGGUGCUGAGGUUUGUAGGCUGCCUGUCCCGCCUUCGUGAGGACGGACAAGCCCUGACCCAGCCCCAGCAAGGCUCCACCCCACGCGGUGCAGGCCUGGGUACGGAUGGGCCCGGGGGGGGCCGCUGCGCUCCUUCCACCACGUGACUCCUAGACCACAGGCUGGCCCACUGCAUUGCCAUUCCACUUCCUUCCUCACCACAGGGAAGCCGCUUCUCCCAGCCUCAGGGAAGUGAUUUAAGAAAACAAGUUUGGCAUCCAAACCAGGGACCUGGGAUACUGGGAAGCAGUGAAGGACACACCUCAGUGACCAUAAACUAAAGAGGAAGGGGCGUGGUGAGUAAAAUUCCAGGAGUAAAAAUGGGACAAGGCCUUAGCGCCAUGUUUUUUGUGUGGUCUUUAAUUAGAGACAGUCUGUUUCUGUGGCAGGACACAAAGAAACUUUCUUUCAGGGUUAGAGAGAAAGAGGAAAGACAAACUGCCGGCUUCAGGACAAAAUAAGACUAAACCAUCGGCUCCUCCCAAAGAGUUAUAUGUCUCUCCUGAUAACAAUAAUUCCUUGUUAGGAGAAGACUUUGAGGAUGACUUAGAUCCUGAUGAGAUUGCAGAGCUGGAGGAUUCUGAGAGAUAUCCUCCGAUUCAGGCUAUGAAUGUUAAAAAACUUAAGCCUUGGCAAAAAGAAACAAAAAAGUUGGAAUGGGCCUUGGAGGAAAUAAACAGAAAAAUUGGAAAAUUAAAUGAGGCUCAAUCCCUCACUCCAACUCCCUCACUGACUGCAAGCUUGGACCCUCCUCCUGAGACAGUUGUUGGAGCGCAAAAGACAAGGGGCCUUUUCCCUUGUCCACUGUGCAGGCAACUGUGUCCCCUUUACAAGCUUCUUUACAACAAGCUAGGCAGAACGGAGAAGAUAUAACUGAGUUUUAUGGUUUUCCUUGUCCUUUUCCAGAGCAAACCGAUGGACAGGGUAAUAUGGUGAGAAUCCAUGCUCCUAUAUCUUUCAAACAAUUAAAAGAAUUAAAAUCUGCAUACUCUCAAUAUGGUUCUACAGUGCCUUUUACUCAAGCUCUGUUAGAGUCCUUGUCUACUGAGGCCCUCUGCCCAGGGGAAUGGAAGCAAUUAGUAAGAGCAUGUUUAUCAGGAGGAGAUUAUUUAUUAUGGAAGUCAGAAUUUGAAGAGCAUUGUCAAGUUACAGGUGAACUCAAUCGAGCUCAGGGAGUUCCUAUAACUUAUGCCAUGCUUGCUGGGGAAGGAAUCUACAGGGAAAUAAUAGGACAGCAAUUGGAUUUUGACUUGGCUGUUUAUGCUCAAGUAAAUGCUGCUGCCCGAAGGGCCUGGAAUAAACUUCCACAAACAGGUAGACAGGUGCAGGACUUGUCUAAAAUCUGUCAGGGACCUGAUGAAUUAUUUCAAGAUUUUGUAGCAAGAUUAAUGCAAGCAGCAAGCAGACUUGUAGGUGAUACAGAUUCUCGAUUGUUAUUAGUAAAACAUUUGGCCUAUGAAAAUGCUAACAGUGCCUGUCAAGCAGCUUUGAGACCCUUUAGGAAGAAAGGAAAUAUUUCUGAAUAUAUUAGGUUAUGCUCUGACAUCAGGCCAUCUUAUACUCAAGGAGUGGCUAUGGCUGCAGCCCUACAAGGGAAGACUAUUAAAGAGGCAUUAUUUCAACAACAGAAAGGCCCGAAGAAUGGAGUAUCUGGAAGUUGUUAUGGUUGUGGGCAAAUGGGACAUCAAAGAAAAAAAUGUCCUAAUGCUAGUAAGAAAAAAAGGAAUCAAAAGGACCCUGGUCUAUGCCCAAGAUGUAAAAGAGGAAAGCAUUGGGCUAAUGAAUGUAAGUCUAAAAGAGAUGCUGCAGGAAACCCUUUAACAUGGGGAAACUGGAAAAGAGGCCAGCCCCAGGCCCCGCAACAAUGUUAUGGGGCACUACAGAACAUGGUCCCUCAGCAAGGAGAUCCAUUCAGGACCUCUGUAGAGCAGCCACAGGUAGCGCAGGGCUGGACCUCAGUUCCUCCACCUACACAGUAUUAACUUCUGAAAUGGGGAUGCAGGCCCCACCUACAGGAGUUUAUGCUCCAUUACCUAGGGGGCCUAUAGGAUUAUGACUAGGAAGAAAGUUCCCUGCUAUGCAGGGAAUUUUAGUAGCUCCUGGGGUAACUGAUGCUGAUUUUAAAGGGGAGAUAAAAAUUAUGACACACUCUCCAAAUAGAAUUUCUGUAAUAAAACAAGGUAAAAUAUUAGCCCAAUUAAUAUUGCUUCCCCAAAUUCAGACAAAAAAUCCAAGUAAGAAGGAGAGGAGAAGAGAUGCAGGUUUUGGAUCCUCUGAUACUUAUUGGGUACUAGCUAUUGGUCCCAAUCGGCCUUAACUAGUGUUACAAAUUAAUGGAGGAAAAUUGACAGGGUUAUUGGAUACAGGAGCUGAUGUCUCUGUCUUAACUGCCCAUCAGUGGCCUAUGCAUUGGCCUAAACAAUCCUGUAUUGCAGUUACAAGGGUCAGGACAAAGGCAGUGCCCUGAACAAAGUAUUGACUUGGAAGGAUGGGGAAGGACACGAGGGAAGCUUUAAACCAUAUAUUGUUCCUGGCCUUCCUGUGAAUCUGUGGGGCAGAGAUGUGAUCAGUAACAUGGGAGUGUACCUUUACAGUCCUAGUAAUGCAGUUACCAAUCAGAUGCUUCAUCAAGGACAUUUACCAAAUUCAGGAUUAGGAACAUCUGGACAAGGCGUAACUCAAUCACUAAUGCCUACCCCAAGAACUUUUGAAAAGGGGUUGGGUCAUUUUUAGGGGAGGUCACUGAACAACCUGUACCCCAUGCAGAUCUAAUGACAUGGAAAGCAGAUAUUCCUGUGUGGUGGAUCAGUGGACUCUUUCCCUUGAAAAAAAUUAAAGCCACUGAGCAGUUAGUACAGGAACAGCUUGAUAUCGGCCAUAUUGCUCUAUCAAACUCACUUUGGAACUCCCCUAUUUUUAUUAUAAAAAAGAAAGCAGGAAAAUGGAGAUUUUACAAGAUCUCAGAAAAGUAAAUGAAACCAUGGAGUUAAUGGGAGCCUUACAACCUGGAUUGCCUACCCCUCCUGCUGUACCUAGAGAUACUUCUAAGAUUAUACUGGAUUUAAAAGAUUGUCUUUAUACUGUUCCUCUUGCUCCUCAAGACUAAAAUACUUGCUUUUAGCAUGGCACCAGUAAAUUUUAAAGAACCUAGGAGGUUCACUGGCUUGUAUUUCCUCAAGGUGUGGCACACGGUCCGACCUUAUGUCAGACAUUUGUGGCUCAAGCUGUUUUUAAAACUAGACAAGCAUAUUCUUCUGCGUAUAUUAGUCAUUAUUUGGACGACAUUUUGUUGGCUCAUAAGAAUGAAGGAAUUUUAUUGAGUGCUUUUGCACACGUACAAGCUUUGAGGGGUCAAGGUUUAGUAGUUGCACCAGAAGAAGUACAGACAGAGCCACCCUAUUUGUAUUGGGACAGAAAUGAUACCCUCAGUCUAUUAUGCCUCAGAAAAUUCAAUUAAGGAAAGACAACCUAAAAACUUUAAAUGAUUUUCAAAAGUUGUUAGGUGAUAUUAACUGGCUUAGACCCCAUUUGAAAUUAACUGCAGAGGAGCCGAAACCACUUUUUGACAAUUUAGAAGGAGAGGCUGAUCCUUUGUCAGAAAGGGAAGAUAGAAUUAGCUAUUGAAAAACAACAUGUUCAACACAUAGAUUAUAUAUAAAAGAAUGGGAUGCGCAUGUUUUGGCUAUUGUUCAUACACCCAAUGCAGUACUGUGGUAAGAAGGACCACUAUUAUGGUUGUACCUGCCUGUGUCUCCUGUGCGAGUUCUGACACCAUAUUAUGAAGCAGUGGCUGGUUUAGUUCAAAUGGCUCACAUAGAAUCUCAGAAGUGUUUUGGCAGAGAGUCCUCCUUAAUUGGAGUUCCUUUUACCAAACAGCAAGUAGGCUGGUUACUUCAAAAUGCAGAUUGUUGGGCCAUAGAUUUUGCUCAUUAUUUAGGCCAUAUUGACAAUCAUUAUCCAAAAGAUUAAUUACUUCAAUUUGUCAAGCAGCACGCUGUUGUAUUUCCUAAAAUAAUUAAAUAAGAGCCAUUACCCCAAGUUCCAACAGUUUUCACAGAUGACUCUUCAAAUGGAAAAGCUGUGUAUACAGUGCAGGGACAGACUUUUGUUUUGCAAACAUUGCCAGCCUCAGCUCAAGUUGCAGAAUUACGAGUUGUAGCUGCAACCUUUAAAAAUACAGCUUUUACAUCUUAAAAAAAAAAUUUUUUUUUUUAGUUAUUAUUACAGUUAUCCACUUUAUAUCCUGGCUGUGGCCUCCUCCUUCAUCUCCUCCCCUCAUCUCCUCCUCUGCCCCUGGGCUUUUAUGUCCCCUCAUCCAGAGCAGUGUGCAGCCUUGUUACAUAGGGCAUAUUAGAGUUCAUUCAGGACUUCCUGGACCUCAAACUUUAGGAGAUGAUUUAGCAGAUAAAGCCACAUGCUUGGUGGGAUAACUCAGGAAUUGGCUCAGCAACGCCUGACAUCAUCAAAAUUGAGCUUAAGAAAGCAGCUUAACAUUCCCAUUUUGAAAAGCUGCUAGACAAAUUGUAAGAUUAUGUUCUUGUCCUGAACAUUUUAAUGUACCUCAAUAUGGUGUCAAUCCUAGAGGAUUGACUCCCAGUAAUUUGUGGCAAAUGGACAUAACUCAUAUCCCAUAAUUUGGAAAACUAAAAUAUGUUCACCUAACAAUUAAUACGUUUUCAGGAGUUAUCAUGGCAACUCCCUUAGCAGGAGAAGCCACCAAACAUGCUUUAAGUCAUUGCUUAAAAUAUUUUGCUACAAUUGGAACUCCUUCCAUUAUAAAGACCCUGGUUCUGGAUAUACCAGUCAAGCUUUUCAGCGUUAUUUGUGUGCAAAUGAGUAUGUCAUAAAACAGGAUUCCAUAUAAUCCUCAAGGCCAAGGAAUUGUGGAGCAUGGCUAUGGAUCUCUUAAGAAUCAAUUGCAAAAAAUAAAAAAGGGCAAGUUAUAUCCUCAAACACCACAGAAUUAUAUUAACCAUGCUCUCUUUAUUUUAAAUUUUUUAAAUGUGGAUAUACAAGGCCUUUCUGUGGCUGAUCGAUUGUGGCAAAUACCCUAAUACCAAAGAUAAUUAUGCCCAAGUGAAAUGGAAAGAUCUGGUUACUGGAAUAUGGCAGGGCCCUGACCCUGUAUGGGGAAGAGGGCAUGUCUGUUUUUCUGCAGGACGCAGGAGCCAGGUGGGUCCCAGAAAGGCUGGUGAGAUUUGCAGACGUUCCUGCUGCUGACCAUGGCGGAUUCUGUCCUGUUGGUGACUGGAAAGCUGUAUUGGGCUUAUGCUGACCCACCUUUGUUACAUUCUGCUCCUGGGAGAUGUUGUGCAGAGAACAUUUUAGAUACAAUGUGACUGGACUUGAUUGGUCUGGUAAUCAGGACAAUUCUCAACAAAAUCUGGAAGACUGGGAAAGAGGACUGACUAUGGGAUCUUGGUCUGAUUCUGGUUUUCAGCAGACCUCUAUUUGGAAGCUUGCUGCAGAAACUCUCGGGAGGCCCUGUCAGUGCCUAUGUAAAUUCUCCUUUUGCCUUGUUGUUUGGAAAUGUUCAUGUUUUUAUACAAGAUUCAACCUUGCCAUCAAUGUAAACUAACAAACUGUAUUUCUAAGCUUUCAAAUGGACAACAGGUUCUGGUUGUUUGACAGCCUUCUUUUAUUAUGGUUCCUGUGAAUGUUUCUCAGGCUUGGUUUUCUGAUAAGGGAUUAUAAGUGCUAGAAGAAAUGCGGAGCUUUAAGUAGACCUAAAAGAAUGGUUAAUUAUUGCAGGUAUCUUACUUAUCAUCAUUUUAUUUUAUCACUUUUAUGGAGUGUUACAGGACUUGGCUCUUAUUAGGAGCAUGUCUCCUACCAGUGAUAAUUAAAACCUUCAUCAAGGCCUUAUAAAAUGUUAAAGCUGAUCUGCAUAAGAUUAAAUUCUGCCCUAGCAGAGGUUGGUAGCCAAUGACGGGUAAGAUCUCUCUCUGAGGAAUAUUCAACCUAAGACAGGGCAUGAAUGGUGGAAUUCAUGUACCAAUGACGGGUAAGAUUAUAUCUUGGAAGAGACACAACCUAAGACAGGCACAAUCUUCUGCUCCGUAGCUCUUAAGCUAUGGUCUUUUAAUACAUGAAAGAGAGAGACCUGUGUAGAGCUGCUUGUUUGUCAGGCUGCCUUGUUAUUGAGUAUUCAAAAAACACGUUUUCACGCUGGCCUUUACCUCGAGACAGAGAUAAAUAGGAUUUUGCCAAGUUCCUUAAACUCCUUUGUGUAACCUUGGACCAUAUCUGCUACAGGGAAGUGGUUUAAGAAAACAAGUUUGGCGGUUCCAUGAACUUCUUCCUUCUCGUUUUUACUUGCCUAUGAAAAGGAAUUGUGGAAUAAACUCACAGCUGCAGGUCUGACAGUCCUCUCCAAGCUAACAAAUCUCUUGUGUUAUUUAUUUCAAUCCUCACUCCCCACUCAGAUACUGUUUGACUCUGCUGGGGGUUGGGAGCUCGGGCAGGCUCCCAUAGGCUCCUAGGUUUCAAUGCUUGCUCCACAGUUGUCGAAACUGUUUGGGAAGGAUUAGGAGGCGUGGCCUUGUUGGGGGAGGUGUAUCACUGGGGGGUGGCUUUGAGGCUGCAAAAGCCUAUGCUGUUCCAGCUGGCCUUCUCUCUCUGCCCCAUGGUUGUGGGUCAAAUGUGAGCUCUUGGCUACUGCUCCAGAGCUGUGCCUGCUUGUCUACCGCCGUGCUCCCAACCGUGAUGGUCAUGGUCUCGCCUCUGAAGCCUCUGAAACCUCUAAGCGCUUUCUCUCUUUAGUUGCGUUGGUUGUCAUUUGUCACAGCAAGAGAAGGAAGAGUAACUAGGAAAAUGACAAAUCUUGAAAAAAUUGAAACUUUUAUUUACACAGGGUUUCUCUGUGUAGUUUGGGCUGUCCUGAACUCGCUUUGUUGACCAGGCUGGCCUCAAACUCAGAGAUCCACCUGCCUCUUCCUCCCCAAGUGCUGGGAUUACAAGCAUGUGCCACUGAGACCAGCUGAAAAAUUCAAACUCUUGAAUGAAAAUUACUGAAAAAUUUCAGGCUUUUCUUUACCUUUUAAAUAUACAUGAAGCAGGUUAAGACCAGCAAGAUGGCACAGCAGGUAAAUCACUUGGCACGCCAGCCUGACGACCUGAGUUUGAUUCCCAGAUCACUGUAAAGGUGGAAGAGAACAAACUCCAGGAAGCUGUCCUCUGGCCUCGCACGCACUGUGGCAUGCAGCCCAACCCCAGUAAUUAAAAAAGUUUUAUUCUAUAACUUUCAUCACAUUUCACUUAUCUGUUUCAGGAUAUUGGAUCCCAAUGUGAUCCCAGAAAAUUGUGAACUAUUAAAAACAAAAACCAAAACAAAACAAAACAAAAAAAACCACCUGUCUUGUUUGGUGUGGUUCAGUCACACACACAGCUUAGUCCUAGAACUAUUUAUUGUAAACAGAAAUAUAUAUAUAAUGUGGCUCAGCCAGUCCUAGCACACACCUUUAAUCUAAGAGCUUUCUGUACACAGGAUUUAAUAAAGUCAACCAGCUGAGCAAGAAACAGGGAUUAAAGAGCAGGAGGGACUUUGACAGAGCAUGGAGAAGCUUUUUGAGCUCUUUAGCUCUUCAGCUCUUUGACUUCUAGCUUUUGGCCUUUUCCUCCUGGUCCAUCCUGAGCUCUUGGCCUUGAGCUUUUGGUUUUUUGGCUUUUUCUUUCUGGAAUGUUGGCAGAGUAGGAAGGUCAGCUGGGUGCUUUCUCUGCUUCUCUGAGCUGGCAGGUUUUCACCCCAGCACCUGGCUCCUGAGUCUUUACUGGUAAAAUAGAACGGUUGGGAUUUUCAUUUUUUUAAAACAAUAGAUGGGCUUACUACUCACAGAUAAACAAGAAGUAGGGUCAUUAUGUACCGCUGAACAGGGGGCCAGGGUUCGCUUAUCUCGGUAGACGUUUCUCUAGCAGAACAGCUGAGGAGGAGAAAACUCCAUAGACAUUUCCACACACACUGGAACAUUGGCACUGGACCAGGGGAGGCCCACCACCCCCUCUGCGCCUCAGCGGGGGAAGGCUCUGCCACUCUCACAGGGCUGAGGCCCAUAUCAGUUACUCUGGAAGCACUCCCUGCACUUCAUGUCUGCGUCUGCCUCGGGGUGGAUUGACAGGUCACAGGACAGCCUGGCUUCUAACUCUGCCUUCUCACAGGAGUGUGUUGUCUUUUUAUUACAGCUGUGUUGCUGAGGGUGAAUGUGUGUCUCACUGUGGUUUGUUUGGUUUAGAUGUGGCAAUCGCAAACAAUAGAAAAGGCUAAAUUCCAGCUCUUUUUCUGUGUUUCAGGACAGGGUCCUCAUGUUCCCAGGCUGACCAUGGAAACGAUAGACAGGUCAGGAUUCUGCUCCUUCUGCCUCCAUCUCCAGAGUUCUGGAGUCACAGUUUUGUGGUCCCACACCUGGGUUUUAGUGCGCCCUGGCGCUCGAAGCUAAAGGAGCAAGCAUGGGAGGAAACCAUUCUAGCAUGCAGGUGCAUCCCCAGCCGUGCUGAUUUUCUGUGGCAGCACUCACCUGGCACGAGGAUCUGGAGUUCACGGCCAGCCGAGGCCUUGCCUCAAAGACCUUGCCUCAAAAAAACACAGUACAAUAAACCAGCCACACUGUAAUUCCACAAGAGGUGAAGGCAAAAGGGUUAGAAGUUCUGCAUAGCUAGUUCAAAACAAACAAAGCCAUAUAAAAAUAAUUUUUUAAGAAGCAGGGAUAUGGUGACUCAGCCUCUAAUCCCAGCAUUCAGAAGUUCCUGAGGCAAGAGAAUAACUGACGGUGUGAGGCCAGCUAGCCUAGGUUACUCAGUGAGUUAAAGACAGCGGGAGCGACAGUGUGAGACAGUGAGGUAAACAGAUGGAGCUCUUAUCUCAAGAUAUAAUCCCCGAUGUCUUCUUCCCUGUCUUCCUUUCCACUCGGUUUCCUCUGUCGCUUUGGCUGGCUUGGAACUCACUCUGUAGACCAGGCUGGCCUUUCAGUGACGACGGGAUUACAGGAGCUGUGCCUGCCUGUUCAGUUUCUGGCGCCCCAAUGUGCUCAGGGAGACUGAGUCCACAUGGCACUUCCCUGCCGCUAACGGCUCUGAGUGGAGAAAAGAGCUCCCCCUGCCUCUUGUGUGGUUUUUGUUUGCCAGCUCGCCUCAAGUUCUCCACUGUUCAGUUAGAAAUAAAUAAACCUUGAAACAUACCAAAAUGGCAUGGAAACUGAAGCUUUAUUGUCCUAUGUCAAAGGUUUGUACUUUUUGUCACAUCAUAAAAUGAGGGAGCCCAGAAGUCCAGGAGGUUUGAGGAGCUUUCCCGUCCCAGGGUUUC